AUGCCUCCCCCACCACAUCAAAAACCCGAAAAUGUCCUCAAGCGGGCUCAUGAGCUCAUCGGGGUCAACCAGGCCCCAGCGGCCCUGACCCUGCUUCACGAGCACAUCACUUCGAAACGGUCCCGCAAUGUUCCCAUCGCAUCUCUCGAGCCGGUUAUGGUCCUGCUCGUCGAGCUGUCGGUCGAACAGAAGAAGGGAAAGCUGGCCAAGGAUGCUCUUUACCAGUACAAGAACAUUGCCCAGAACACCAACGUCGCCACAAUAGAGUUGGUUCUGAAGAAAUUCAUCGAGCUCGCUGCCGAGAAGGUCACGGCAGCCCAGCAAAAGGCCGAUGAGGUUCAGUCCACCAUCGAGGCCACUGCCACUUCCAGCGUCGAGGAUCUCGAGGCCAGCGAGACGCCCGAGUCCAUUCUCCUAGCCACUGUCUCGGGUGAGCAGUCUCGGGAUCGCACAGACCGCGCCAUCGUCACCCCUUGGCUGAAAUUCCUCUGGGAGGCUUAUCGUACCGUCCUGGACAUCCUUAGGAACAAUGCCCGACUUGAGCUUCUAUACCAGAGCACUGCGAUGCAGGCCUUCGACUUUUGCCUCAAGUACGCCCGCAAGACCGAGUUUCGCCGCCUCUGCGAGCUCCUUCGGAACCAUGUGCAGACGGCUGCCAAGUACUCGGCUCAGAUGCACGCUAUCAACUUGAAUGACCCCGACACGCUCCAGCGCCAUCUUGAGACGCGCUUCCAGCAGCUCAAUGUCGCCGUUGAACUGGAACUCUGGCAGGAGGCUUUCCGCAGCGUUGAGGAUAUCCACACCCUGCUCAACCUGAGCAAGCGCCCGCCCAAGAACAUUAUGAUGGCCAACUACUACGAGAAGCUCACGCGCAUCUUCCUGGUUGGCGAAAACUACCUCUUCCACGCUGCCGCUUGGGCCAGAUACUACAACCUGCUGCGACAGUCGGCCGUCAUGGCUGCCACUGGACAGGGAAAGAAAUCCGACAACCCGCCUUCCAGCGAGGCCGACAUGCAGCGGGCUGCUACCUUCGUCAUCCUCUCUGCUCUGUCGAUUCCUGUCAUCAGCACGUCGCGGUCUCGCGGCGCCAUGGUCGACUUUGACGAGGCGCGCAAGAACAAGAACUCGCGCCUGACGCACCUCCUGGGCAUGUCCCAGGCACCGACCCGUGCCGGUCUGUUCCGCGAUGCUUUGUCAAAGUCUCUCCUUCGCAGAGCCCGCCCUCAGAUCCGAGAUCUUUACAAUAUCCUCGAGGUUGAUUUCCACCCGCUCUCUAUCUGCCAGAAGAUUUCUCCUAUCCUCGCUGAGAUCGGCGCCGACGAGGAGAUGCAAAAGUACAUCCAUCCUCUGCAGCAAGUCAUCCUCACCCGUCUCUUCCAGCAGCUUUCUCAGGUGUAUGAGACCGUCGAUCUACAGUUUGUUGAGAGCCUGGCACAGUUCCCAGAACCCUUCCAGGUUACCCGUGGCACAAUCGAAAAGUUCAUCAUGAACGGCAACAAGAAGGGUGACCUUGCCGUUCGCAUGGAUCACGCCACUGGUGUUCUGAGCUUUGAUGCCGACGUCUUUUCUUCUGCCAAGGCUGCACAUGCCGGCUCCGCCGCCGGUUCUGCCGAGGCCGAGACGGGAUCUGUUCAACGCCUCCAGAGCACUCCUUCCCAGAUUGUGCGCUCUCAACUCACUCGCGUUGCCGAAGUGCUCUACACGACCUGCCGUUACAUCGACCCUACCUUCAACGAGGACCGGAUCAAGACUCGCGACGCAGCCUUCGCUCGGGCCAAGGAUGGAGCUGAGAAGGAACACGAGGCCGUCUUGGCCAGAAAGCUGAUCAUCCAAAAGCGCAAAGACAAGGCUUCUGAAGCACAGGCUCAGAAGGAGAAGGAGAUCGCCAGAAAGAAGAUGCUCCAAGAGCAAGCCCUGGCGGCGGCUGAAUCCAACCGCCUGGCCGAGGAGCAGAAGAUCCGGGAGGCUAAGCGGAUGGCGACUGAGCGUGAGAACAUCAAGAGAGAGGAGGUCAAGAACAUGCUCAAGGACAUGAAGCUUGAGGAUCUAGGAGACGAGGAUAUCGUCAAUCUGGACAGCAACAAGAUCCGCAUGAUCAAGCUUCAACAACUGGAGCGGGAGAAGAACACCGUCGCAGAGAAACUCCGCGUUACCGGCAAACGUAUGGACCAUCUGGAGCGAGCCUUGAGAAAGGAAGAGGCCAAGAAGCUCCCCCAGGACUAUGCCCGGCAGCGGGAGCAUGAUCUCGCCGCCUACAAACUCAUGACGGCCCAGACUCUGAAGGAGGCUGAGCGGAAGCACAAGGAGGACCUCGAGCUCAAGCACAGGUUGACUCGCCUCAUGCCAUUCUACGAGGAAUUCAGGUCUAACCUCCACGAGCGCCGUCGUGACGAGUUUGAGAGGCGACGCCGCGAUGCCGACCGGGAGCUGGCGAAGCAGAUUGCUGCGCGCCACAAGGAGCAUCGCGACCUCAAGCUGCGGGAGAAGCGAGAACGCGAGGAGAAGGAGCGGGCGCUCCACGAGGCGGAAGAGCGUGCUGCCAAGGAGAAGGAAGAAGAGAAGAAGCGGCUGGAGGCGCGGAAGGAGGAGAUGGCCAAGAUCAAGGAGGAGAGGGAGAAGGAGCGCGAGAAGGCCAAGGAGGCACAGGCCCGCCAGCAACAGCGCGAGGACGAGGCCAUGGCCAGACGCAAGGCCGAGAAGGCUGCCGCUGCCCCGGCUUCGAUCCAGAUCCGGAGAGGACCAGAGGCACCGCCUGCGGACCGAGCGGAGCCAACUGGACCGCCUCGGCUGGCGCUUGCUGGAACCAAGCCAAGUUGGAGAGAACGCGAGGCUUCUUUGCGAGCUGCCUCGGGAGCUGGGCCGGCCGAUGCGGCGGCGCCACCAGCGCGGGCACCCAUCGAGCGGGCGCCCAUCGAGCGGGCACCCAUCGAGCGGGCACCCAUUGAGCGAAGCGACUCACCCCUUGCUGGACCUCCCCGCCUCAACCUGGCUGGUGGCAAGCCGAGCUGGCGUGACAGAGAAGCUGCCAAGGCAGGCGGCGCCGGUGGAAGCGCGGCGGGUGACCGGCCUACUCCUCCUCUUCGUGUUGCAUCUGGCACUCGGACUAUUCCCAUGGAGCGUGGAGAUUCGGGCCGCGGCGAGGAUGCCAAGGAUAAGGCAGCUCUACCGGUCGAGCCCCUAAAAGCGAGCGGCGCACCCGGUAAAUAUGUGCCUAAGUGGAAGCGGGGCGGUGAUGCUAGCGGCAACUAG